AUGAACAGAGGAGGUAACAGAGAGGAGGUUAUAGAAGAAUUUAAUCGUUAUGAGAAAUCAGUCGACAGCAGUUCGACACCGACCAAACACCUCUACAACCCCAAGGCGAUCAAAUCCUUUAUUUGUCAACCUCUCCAUCCACCACGUUUGUUUUUCUUCGAGUUUAUAUUUGUCUGCUUUCAUUUUUCCUUCUUUCUUUUUUUUCUGUUUUGCCCUCUCUUCUUGCUUACUUUCUUUAUUUUGCCUGUUUUAUCUUCUUUCUUUGUUUUACCUUCUUCUUUCGUUCAUUCUUUAUUUAUUUCUUUUGUCUCUUUUGUCUUUUCUGUUCUCUUUUGUCCUCUUCCUUUUUCUUUUGUUUUAACUUCUUUUCUCUUUUUUACCUCAUUCUUCUUUUUUUGUUUUCUACCACUUUUUUUAAAUGUUUUAUCUACUUCUUCAUUUCACAUUUAUCUACUUAUUUUUCUUCUUUUCUGUUUUACCUACUUUUUCUUCUUCUCCAUUUAUUCUGUUUUAUCUAAUUCUUCUUCCUCGAUUCUGUUUACCCAUUGCUUCUUCUUUUCUGUUUUACCUAAAUUUUCAUCUUCUCACUCUAUUCUGUUUUACCUCCUUCUUUUUCAUCUUCCUUCUCUUUUCUGUUUUGCCUACUUCGUCUUUUCUGUUUUCUUUUUCUUCUUCCUAUAUUUGUUUUUUUUUCUCCUCCUCCUACUUCUAUUCUGUUUUACCUUCUUCUUACCUUCAUUUCUUGUUGUUGUUGUUGCUGUCGUUUUUCUUCUUCUUCUUCUCUUCCUCCUCCUCCCUGCAUUCUGUUUUAUCUACUUCUUUUGUUUUUAA